GUGUGCAGGCCCGCCCAGUUACCUGCCGUCUUCAUCCAUUGUUGUUUGGUCUCCCGUAAUUAGUAGUGCUCCGAUAUAAUUCAAAAGAGUGUCCGAUUUUCCAUAAAAUAUGGCUGGGACCGGCCAUGGCACGGGUGCUGCCCAGCUAGAGCAAAGAAUCGGAUGCCUCAAAUACCUAAUUUUUUGUCUCAACGCUGUCACAUGGAUCCUUGGAGCUGCGAUGUUUGGAUUGUCGCUCUGGAUGCGCCUCGAACCUGGUUUUGAGGAAUGGGUCGGUUGGCUCGGGAUGUCCGAAUUUUACAUCGGAAUAUACGUUCUGAUCUUAGCUUCUGUUAUUGUGAUGGUAAUAUCGUUCGUUGGGUGCGGAGCAGCACUUAUGGAGAUUAUUUUGGGUCUGUGGAUUUACAUAGGUCUACAAAUAUUGAGCUUUGUAGCCGGCCUAGUUGGAGCCGCAGUUCUUCUCGAUUAUUCAACCUACGACAGUCACAUUCAACCAAUCAUUCGUGAAGCAAUGACAAAUUUGAUUUCAAACUCUCAGUACGACGGUGCGGCGUAUAUUCUUCGGAUGGUGCAGGAAAACAUUGGGUGUUGUGGCGCCAAUGGACCGAUGGAUUAUUUAAAUCUCUUGAAACCCCUGCCAACGGAAUGUCGCGAUUCUGUGACGGGAAACGCCUUUUUCCAUGGUUGCGUUGAUGAACUGACCUGGUUCUUGGAAGCAAGAUCCGGCUGGUUAGCCGGUCUUGCAAUGUCCAUUUGCAUGCUUCACGUAGUGUUAGCGGUUCUUUCUUUAAUUCUGAUACAAGCUAUAAAGAAAGAGGAAGAGAAUAUUACGUACAAAAGAUAAUUAGCGGCAACGAGUUGAAUUCGUUGGAUUUUCAAGCAAACAAUUUUCAUAAUAUCAUAAAUACAUAUCGUGGUCAAUUGUAUGCGAUCACGUACUUGUAAUAAUGCAUUUUUCUAGUUUUAACAAAGAAUCAUAUCGUGAUGCACUAAAAAUCAUAUGAUUAGGUUCUACUGUAAUAUAUUUAGCGACAGAGACAAGGAAUAAAUCACCAUAUAGCCUAAUUAAUUAAUUCUAUUUCCCAACUUCGUAAUUCUAUGCAUAUUGUAAUACCCCUAUUAUAAUCGACGUGGUCUGUAGAGUAACCUGCAUCUGUAAAUUUCAAGUUAAACACGAGUACUAAUUUUAGUCGAUUCAAUUAUAGAUAUUGAGAUCUAUGUAAGAAAUACUGUUCGAAAUCUUGAAAAUUUGUAUAAUACUUUGCUAUGAAUAAAUCUAUCAUACACACCCGU